AUGUCUAAUAUAUCGCCAAGCAAGGCAAAAGAACUAAAGGAAAAAGAGUUGGAUCUUAUCAACGUCAUAGCUUCCGAACUAGAAGACAAUAUUGAAGCUGAAAAUGAUAAAGAAUCUGAAGAAAGAGACAUACUGAAUGCUGAAAACUUGAACGAAGCUGAACAAAGAAAUAUAGCAGGAAUUGAAAGGCAAUGGCUGAACCGCAAAUACCAAAACCCUAAUCAGAAACGUACGAUCAAACGAGCUGCAUCCUUUGAGCCUGCUCGGGCACCAACAUUUGACGCGGAAGAACUGGCUAGGAAAAUCACCGCUAAGAACAAUGACGAGGUGGAUGAUGUAGACAUUGCUGCAUUACCUCCUAAUUUGGAGCAGUUUGUGGCUAAAAUUUUGGAACUGCAGGAUGAAGUUGACAAUUUGAAAAUUGUUUCCCGGCUAGAGGAUCUGGAAAACGAUGUUCUCACUGAUGCCUUGAAUGAAGCCACUCUGGCACAGAAGGAGGGCUCUGUUACAGAUAUGGAAUUUGAAUCUCUGCAACAAGCUAUUAGGAUAGAGGAGGCACUUCAGAAACUGAAACAAGAAGAGAACACUAGAGGAUAUCCGGCUGAGGAGUUGAAGCGUGGAGAGCCCUGGAGGAAGAAGCGAGGACAGGAUCUUGGGGAUUUUGAUGCUGCUAUCUACCAGGAGGAGAGACCGCUGGCUUACUCUGUUCUACCAGAGUCUGAACUAG